UUAGACCUUGUCAAUUUCACAGGCCAUGGUUUCCUAAAUUUCUUCCAAUAUCAUCCUCUCCACCUCUUCCUCUUCUCUGGUUUUGGGCCCCUUCACGCCCACACUUUUGCACUUCCUCUUAUUCCCAUUCCCAAUAAGCAUCAAUAACAAAACUAAAAACUCAGAGAUAGAGAGGGGGGAAGGGGAUUUAGUUUUUGCAAUUAAUUAGAAACCAGUUCAAUUUCUGAUUAAUUAAGCUGGCGAACCCUUUACGUUUGUACUACAACAACAUUGCAUGGUAAUGGGCGCGCAUAUGGCUAUGGCUAAGCUUAUGCGCGCACCAACCCCAGCAUCCUUUAUUACCCUCUUUGUUGCUUAUCUGUCAUGCAUGGUCAUGUUACCGUUUGGUUCACCAAUGGAUUCGACCACCGAUGCCCUUUUGAAGUUCAAGAAAACGUUGCAAUUGGGAAGCAAAACCGAGGUUCUUAGCAAUUGGGAUCCUAAGAAAAACCCGUGUAAUGGUAACACGGCAAAUUGGGUUGGUGUGCUUUGCUUUAAUGGGAAUGUCAGGGGUUUACAGCUCGAAAACUUAGGUUUACAGGGAAAGCUGGAUUUGGAGCCUCUCGCUCAGUUGCCUUAUUUGAAAACCCUAAGUUUCAUGAACAACAUGUUGGAUGGUCCAUUACCGGACCUUAAGAAAUUUAAAAAGUUGAGGUCUUUGUAUUUGUCUUACAAUCAUUUCUCUGGUGAGAUUCCAGACGAUGAAUUUGAAGGUAUGCACUUGUUGAGGAAAUUGUAUCUAGCAAACAAUGCGUUUUCAGGCAAAAUUCCUUCUUCCCUUACCACUUUGCCUAGGGUUUUCGACGUGGGACUUGAGGGGAACAAGUUUAGUGGCCAAAUACCUGAUUUUAUGCAGAAGGAUUUGAAAAGGUUGAAUGUAUCUCAAAAUGAAUUGGAGGGUCCAGUUCCACAAAGCCUAAAAAAGAUGGAUCCAAGUAACUUUGCAGGUAAUGGAAAGCUAUGUGGUCCGCCUUUUCAGGGAGCAUGCAACCCCCAUUCUCCUCCUCCUUCUCCACCUGCUGCUCCUCCUACGACUCCUGCCCCACCGCCUAAAUGCACAGGGGACUCAUGUGGCACGUCUAAGAAGCCGUCAGGUCUAAAAGUAGCCCUAAUUGUGGUGAGUCUAUUACUCCUACUGGCCCUCAUUGCUGUGAUUUUCAUGUUCCUCAACAACAGAAAGCAACGAUCAGAAUUAGACGGGACUGAAUCAUUGGACGAGUCUUCCAAGUAUACGGCAGCUGCAGGGAGCAGCCAAAUGGAUGUUAAAUCAGUAGAAACUAACCCACAUCCAAAGAGGGCGGACCAGGGAAAGUUGUCAUUCGUGAGGGAAGACAGGCAGAGGUUUGAUUUGCAUGACCUUCUUAGGGCCUCAGCUGAAAUCUUGGGGAGCGGGACAUUUGGGGCUUCCUACAAGGCUUUGAUCAUGACUGAUGCUGUGGUGGUCAAGAGGUAUAAGCAGAUGAACAAUGUGGGUAGAGAGGAGUUCCAUGAGCACAUGAGAAGGCUUGGAAGAUUGACACACGAAAACUUAUUGCCCUUGGUAGCCUAUUAUUAUAGAAGGGAAGAGAAGCUCUUGGUUUCUGACUUUGUAGAGAAAGGUAGCUUGGCUUCUCAUCUUCACGGCAAUCAUAAUUCAGAUAUGCCUGUGCUUGAUUGGCCAACACGUUUGAGAAUAAUCAAAGGCAUAUCAAGAGGAUUGACAUACCUCUACAGCACACUCCCUAGCUUGGUUGUACCCCAUGGUCAUCUGAAAUCCUCUAAUGUGCUUCUAGACGAAAAUUUUGAGCCCCUAUUGAACGACUAUGCUCUACUCCCCGUGAUCAACAUGGAGCAAGCUCAACACUUGAUGAUGGCCUACAAGUCACCCGAAUAUGCCCAGCACCGGCGUAUAACAAAGAAGACUGAUGUAUGGUGCUUUGGAAUAAUCAUCUUGGAGGUGUUAACGGGAAAGUUCCCGGAGAACUACCUCAAGCAAAGUUACGAUAGUAAGGCGGAUUUAGUGAAUUGGGUCAACGGAAUGAUCAAGGAAAAGAGGACGAGUGAAGUGUUUGAUGUAGAAAUGGGGAGAGUUGGGAACAGUAGAGGAGAACUGCUAAAGCUGUUAAAGAUUGGAGUGAGUUGUUGUGAGGAGGAUGUGGAGAGAAGGCUGGAUUUGAAUGAAGUUGUUGAGAAGAUUGAAGAAUUGUAUGAGGGAGAAAGCGAUGCAGAUUACCGAUCAAGUGUUUCUAGUGAAGGAGAUGAUUACACUUCACAAGUGGUGUGAUUUGAGAAAUGAUAAGUGCUUCUUCAUUCCAAGUACCACUGGCUGGUUGGGACUUGGGAAUACCAAUGUGUAAAUUAGAUGAUAUAAUAUGCAGGGGUACUAGGUUUCAGCUAGCUUCAUUCGGAAUGAACCAUUCCCAAAAGUUGAAGCAUGCAUAUGCAGCGAGAGAUCUGAAAUUAAAGAAAUGAAGAACUAAUUUGUUACUUUUGUUUUGUGUCAUUAUUCUUUGCUCCCAUUUGUUUUCGAUCAGGAAAUGGGGUUGUGUUGUAGGAGUUGGGGGAUGACAUCUUGUAUCAUCUUGGUGUAAUGGGAAUUAAUUAGUUGAUGAAACUAGUUAGAAAUGCUUUCUCUAGUUAGAAAUGCUGUCUCCAAAAAAUCAACAUAUUAUUAAGUCCAAUAUUAUCUUUUUUUCACUUUUA